UUCAGCUCACCAAUUUCAGCAAAAAAUAAUUCCCAAAAUUUGCACUACUUUCUCUCUCACAAAAAUAUCCUGUCCAUCUUCUUCACCUCCCUUUAUUUCUAUCUUUCACUGUAAAUUCAACCCCCCAACUUUCUAGGGUUUAUCAAAAAACCUCUUCAAUUCCACUAAAAAUGUCAAGUUUUCUCUCUCCUCUCGGACUCAAACCCAUUUUCCACCCAUACCCAUCUCGAAUUCGGACCCUCCAAACCCCCUUCUUUCACCGAACCCAUUUUCUGCACCAAAAUCAUCGAACCCCACUUGUUGUUGUUGCUAAAUUCGGGUUCUUGAACUCGGGUCAAUUACCCGACCCGGAAAUUUUCGAGGGCACUGUCAAAGAACUGCUAGGUAGAGCUGAAGGAAUUCUUUACACCAUUGCUGAUGCUGCUGUUGCUAAUUCUGAUGUUGUUGAUGCUUCCAAUACUACUACCAAACAAAAUGGAGAUUGGCUUUCUGGGAUUACUUCUACCAUGGAAACUGUUCUUAAGGUGUUGAAGGAUGGAUUGACAACAUUACAUGUACCGUAUUCUUAUGGGUUUGCAAUUAUAUUGCUAACUGUGCUGGUUAAGGCUGCCACAUUUCCUUUGUCCAAGAAACAGGUGGAAUCUGCUAUGGCUAUGCGAUCCUUGCAGCCUCAAAUUAAGGCUAUCCAGCAGCGAUAUGCUGGAGAUCAGGAAAGGAUUCAACUUGAGACGGCUCGUCUGUAUAAGCUCGCUGGCAUUAAUCCACUAGCAGGAUGUCUGCCAACGCUGGCAACAAUACCAGUUUGGAUAGGUCUUUAUAGAGCCCUUUCAAAUGUUGCUAACGAGGGACUUCUGACUGAGGGUUUCUUUUGGAUACCCUCACUUGCUGGUCCUACUACUAUUGCUGAUCGGCAAAGUGGAACUGGCAUAUCUUGGCUUUUCCCUUUCGUUGAUGGUCAUCCACCGCUUGGAUGGCCAGAUACUGCUGCAUAUCUUGUUCUACCAGUGUUGUUGGUUGUUUCACAGUACAUAUCAGUCCAGAUUAUGCAGGCAUCUCAGCCAAACGAUCCAAAUAUGAAGACUUCACAAGCACUGACUAAAGUUCUUCCUUUGAUGAUUGGCUACUUUGCGCUUUCAGUGCCUUCUGGCCUAAGCCUUUAUUGGUUUACAAAUAAUAUCUUAAGCACACUUCAGCAAGUUUUUCUUCAGAAGAUGGGGGGUGCAAAGAAUCCAAUAGGGAAGCUUAGUGAUGAAAUUUUUAAAGAAGAGCAAACAUUGUCCUCUAAAACCAUUAGUGAUGAUAUACUAAAAGAGCAAACACCGCCUCCAAAAACUGUCCUUGAAACUAAAACCCAGACAGAAGAAAAAUCACCUUCCACAGGGUUACGGCCAGGAGAAAGGUUCAAGCAAUUAAAGGAAGAAGAAGCUAGAAGAAAACGCCAAAGGGAAGAGGAGAAGAAAAAUGAAGCACCUACAGUAGAUGCUGCAUCCAAGAUGAAUGGACUUGAGAAGCAAGAUGACUCAAAUGAAAAUGGAGCUCAGUUGGCUGGAAGCAAAACAAAUCAGCUUGCAACAACUAGUGUUGACGCCUCUAAUGGUACUACCUCUAUUAAUGGGAGUGUUGAUGCUUCUUCUAAGGAACAUCAUGAUGCACCUGAACUCACGAGUGAAAACAAUCGGACAAUUAAUGAUUCUACUGGACAAGAUUCAGAAGAUGUAAACCAGGAAGCUGUCGAAGCACACAGUAGAUUAGGCUCUGUGGACCAAAGAUCUGGAGGGGAGACAUCUUAAUUUAUUCAGAUAUCGAAAAAGAAGCUCUAGCUUGAUUUCAACGAAGGUCCUAUUUUGCUGAGGAGUUAUGUGAUAUCAACUAAAAUAUAUCAGUGAUGAUAUUGGGGUAACUAGAAGUCAUUCUGUUUUGCAUACAUCAUCAAAUUCGCCUUGAGAAAUACUACGCACAAGUCAGUUUGCUCUACGAGCAUUGCCAAUUGAGACGUACAUUGUAGUCCAGGCAAGGAUAGAAUACUCUUGAGUGUAGUAAAGAGGUAGGACUUUGUAGUCCUUACAAUAUAUAUAUCCAACGCUUUCGCCUUUUGUUACUGAAUUUCAGAUAGUUCUUAUGGAGGGAUUGUAUUGUACAUCAUAAUCAUAUACGAAAAAUGUAAAUGAGUUGAGAAAAUUUUAUUUCAUUAAGAAUGCAAGAAUUCAAAGCUGUCACAUGCUUGACGUGUA